UCUCCAAAGUGCCCGGUGUUCGUUAUAAAGUGACCGUGACAGUCUGCAAGUUAGAGACUCAGACAUGUCCAACGCGAAGGCAGCUGCCGUCAUCGGGCUGGGAGUGGGUGCAAUGCUUAUCACACAAGGUGGAGAUCCGCUGGGCUCUGUGGGCAGCUGGUACCCGAUAUGGAGCGAAAUGGGCUUACGCGGUGCCCCAGCCCGGGCCUUCUUUUGCUUCUCCGUCGGUGUUCUUUUCUUCGCUAUAGGCUGGCUGUACCGGCAGCUCUUCAGUCCUCUGGAACUGCUCAGGUCGCCCGAAGACGUGGGAUACGUCGAGGAGGACGGUCGCACCAAAGCGCAGGCAGCCAACGACGCCAGGCGCAGGAGGAAAAUCGGGGAGCUCCCACCGGUUUACCCAAACGGCUGGUACCGAGUCCUGGACUCACACAUGCUGCAGAGGGGCGAGGUCAAAAGUGUGUCUAUUCUAGGUGAGCAGGUGGCAGUGUUUCGGGGCCACGAUGGAAAGGCCUAUGUGGUGGAUGCCUACUGCCCUCACCUGGGUGCCAACCUUGCUGUGGGUGGACGGGUGUUUGGGAACUGCAUCGAGUGUCCAUUUCAUGGAUGGCAGUUUCAGGGGGAUAAUGGUGUAUGUGUGAAGAUUCCCUAUGCAGAAAAAGUGCCUGAUUUUGCCAGCGUGCGCAGCUGGCCCAGCUGUGAGGUCAACAAGCAAAUCUUGGUUUGGUUUCACUGUGAUGGAGAAGGACCUCAGUGGAUCGUCCCUGAGCAGCCGGAGAUCACAAAUGAUGAGUGGGUCUAUCGGGGGAGAACUGAGCAUUUUAUUAAUGCUCAUAUACAGGAGAUUCCAGAAAAUGCAGCGGACAUAGCUCACUUGUCGCACCUUCACACUCCAAGCAUGCUCAGUGGAGCAGAUCUACGUUACACCAAUAGCAAAAUCUGGGAAUUUGUGCAACAUGACUGGAAGGUUGACUGGAAACCAGAGUCAGAGCCUAACAAGCAUUGUUCUCAGAUGUUUGUGAAACAUGCACUUAGAGUGUUUGGAUGCCACUGGCCUCUUCUGGAUGUUUCUGUUGUGGCGAGACAGGUUGGCCCAGGAAUAGUAUUUCUGCUGUUUGACCAAACUUUCUUGGGCCGGGGUGUAAUCAUGCAUUGUGUGACUCCUGUGGAGCCUCUGUUGCAGUGUGUCACUCACACCAUUUUCUAUCAGUCUAAUAUCCCACCUGUGGUGCCCAAGUUCAUCCUCAAAGUGGAAUGCAUUCAGUUUGAGCGUGAUGUGAUGAUCUGGAACAAUAAGAAGUAUGUCUCCAAGCCUCUUCUUGUAAAGGAAGAUUCAGCCAUCCAAAAACACAGGCGCUGGUUCAGUCAGUUCUACAGUGAGAACAGCCCACGGCUGCAGUACCAGCGUGACAAGUUGGACUUUUGACCUCCCCGAACCACAAGAGG